CAUCAUGCACAAAAAGGCUGUGUUUUUCCCAGGAUGCGUUAAGGUCGUGUUCCGUAAGGGACCACUAGGAUAUCUCCUUCAGGAGCCAACCGAGGAGGCCAGGCUGAUCAAAGACAACCCGUCUCUGCCGGACAAGUCGGCACCGAAGGAGGAAGAGCUUGUUAGACGAAACGCUCUUGCUGUGGUCAGUCAGAGAGGAGGUGGCGCCUCUGAUAAAAGAGAAGUUUUUGGCGAAUACAUCCUGCAGUUUGGAAAGUACAAGGGGAAAUCUUUCCGGUGGCUGCUUGAAAAUGACAUUGGUUACACAGUAUACCUGAUGAAGAACCUUCAGCAAGAGGAGGCUGCAGGGGUCUUUACGGCCGAGGGACCCAGCAAGAGCAGUCUGUUAACCUUUGUCCAGUCUCUUCUUAGCUACACGUUCAAAAAUCCAGCUGCGCCUACAGCAUCAUCAGAGGGUGACCAGCUGGUUGGUUUCGGCGCUCGCUCCAAGAGUACAUGGUGGGAGAUUUGGGACAGCAGAGCUGUUGGGUAUGCUUCCUUUAUAAUGAAAACACAAACUGCUAAUUCUUGUAUUUCGACAACAGAAUUGGAAGACGCCGACGAGUUAGAGAGUGCAACAUUGAACAUCUCCCCCUCCAAGCUACAGUCACAGUCUCCACCAACACCACCAUCGUCGUCUGAGAGGUUUGGGCUGGAGUAUGUGGAACCUGGAUGUCGCCCUGUUGUGCUGGACUGGGAAAAGCACAAGAGCAAGUCCACUCAAGCUUUCAGUCCAGCUGAGCAAGGACGCACGCCCACUGCGCAGUCUUCAGACCAUCCUGGUGAUCAUGAUGUGACUCCAAGUCCUCAGCUAGAGUCAGGUAGACAUUUUAAAUUAGAAUAAACUUACAAGACAUUGUUGUAUGUAGAUAAAAUGGUCAACAUUGAAAUGGUGUUGCAAAAGAAUAUAGUAUGUACAGUGUGCAUAUGUAAGAUAAAUAUAUAAAUAUAUUGUAGAAGUGUAUAUAAGGCAAAAUAUAAUGUCCAGUUUAACAGGGAGUAAAGUGACAGUGCAGUGUGCACACAAAGAUGUACAGAAAAGAUGUACAGUGAGAGUGUUAUUGUGUGUACAGAGUAGUGCAGAGUACAAAGUAGUGCAAUAUUUGCAUGUGCAACAAUCAGCUGAGGUAGAAUGUUAUGUUAUGUUGUGUGGGGGUAAGACCAGAGAGUCCAGAUCCUAGGUGUACUGGUUGAGGGCCCGAAUGGCCUGCGGGAAAAAGCUCCUCUUCGUUCUCUCUGUGUUCACCUUCAAGGAACGGAAACGUUUCCCUGACCUCAACAGAGAGAAGAGUCCAUUGUUGGGAUGGCUGAGGUCCUUCAUAAUCUUCUUGGCUUUGGUCCAGCACCGCUUGCUGUAUAUGGUGUCCAGGUCAGGCAGCUCGGUGUGGAUGGUACGCUCGGCUGAUCGCACCACCCUCUGGAGAGCUUGCCUGUCCUGUUUGGUGCUGUUCCCAAACCAGGCAGUGAUACGUCCCGUCAGGAUGCUCUCAAUGGUGCAGGUGUAGAAUGUCUUUAGCACCUUUGAGGGCAGUUUAAAGGCCUUCAGGCAUCUGAGAUGAUAAAGACGCUGCCGGGCCUUCUUCACCAGGGUGUUAACGUGACAGGACCAUGUCAGGUCCUGCGUGAUGUAGACACCUAGGUACCGGAAACUGUCCACUCUCUCCACUGGGGUCCCGUUGAUGGUGAGGGGCUGGUAAUUCCUCUCCUGCUUUGUGCUAAAGUCCACUAUCAACUCCUUAGUCUUGCUGAUGUUCAGGAGGAGAUUGUUGACCUGGCACCAUGUCUCCAGGUUUUUAAUCUCCUCUAGGUAGGCCGUCUUGUCGUUAUUGGAGAUCAGGCCCACCACAGUAUCGUUCGCAAACUUCACGAUGUUGGUGGAGCUGGAAGUGGCCACACAGUCAAAGGUGUACAGAGAGUACAGCAGGGGGCUCAGAACACAACCCCGGGGGGCUCCAGUGCUGAGGGUGAGUGAGGGUGAGACAUGGUUGCCCACCCGUACUGCCUGAGGUCUGUCUCACAGGAAGUUGGAGAUCCACCGACACAGGGAUGGGCUAAGGCCCAGGAUCUCCAGCUUAGUGGUGAGUAUGGAGGGAAUUAUGGUGUUAAACGCUGAACUGUAGUCAACAAACAGCAUUUUGACAUAAUUCCCCCUUCUGCUGUCCAGAUGGCUCAGGGCUGCGUGAUGGAGGUGUGCGAUGGCGUCCUCAGUAGAUCAGUUGGGACGGUACGCGAACUGUAGCGGGUCCAAGGUGUCAGGUAGGGAAGAAGUGAUGAAGUCUCUGAUGAGUCUUUCGAAGCACUUCAUCACCACUGA